AUGAAUAUAACUAUAAAUCUCUUUCCGGCAGGUGGAUACGACGUCUGGGACACCUCAGAGGAACAUCUCAUGACCUCUCCAGAAGAUGACGCAAUAGAUUUCAGGAUCAUCCAAUGUUCUCCAGAAGCCAAGUGCGAUGCUCCGAGUAUACAUCAGAUCCUGCACUGUGCGGACGUUUCGGUAGAUCCCUUCUACUCUAAGGAUACUUCUUACAAGUUCCACACUGAUAACCCAAAUCUUUAUCCCGUAGCUCACAAUGGAAUGGAAAUACCGGCAGAACUAACGCAUUUCGAGGAUCACUUUGAUAACUUCCAUGCUGUUUCCCCGCAUAUCCUUCCAAGACUUCACCUCGAAGACGGGACACCAGAUCCCUACAACCCCGAGGAAUCGUCUCCUGAUCACUUAGAUGGCAUUGUACUAAAAGUUGAAGAGAUCCUUCCAUAUUCUAUGGACGAUGAUUGCUUAGCACUGACCCCAGGUCCCUCUGUACAUCAGAACGUGGGAGAACAUCUAUUUCCAUGUUCUGAGUGUGGGAAGUGUUUUACCAAUGAAUCAUAUCUUACGUGUCAUGAAAGGGUUCACACUGCGGCCAGUCCCUAUCCAUGUCUGGAGUUCGGGAAAGGUUUUGUAUCGGAACCGCAACUUACCACACACGUCAUUAAUCACACCGGAGCGCUGCACUAUUCCUGCUCGGAGUGCGGGAAGAGUUUCUUGCACAAGCGCAACAUUGCCAGACAUCUGAGACAUCACACGGGUGAAAGGCCGUAUGUGUGCUCAGAGUGUGGCCAGUAUUUCAUGCAGAAAGUUCAUCUGACGAGACACCUGAAAGUUCACACGGGUGAAAAGCCGUAUAUGUGCUCAGAGUGUGGCCAGUAUUUCAUGCAGAAAGGUCAUCUGACCAGACACCUGAAAGUUCACACCGGCGAAAAACCUUUUUUGUGUUCAGAGUGCGGGAAAAGUUUUCCGCGGAAAGAUACAUACAUCAAUCACCAGCAAAUCCACAUGGACAAAAAAAUGUAUUCAUGUACGGAGUGCGGGAAAGGCUUUGCUCUUAGAGGGAUGCUUAUUAUACACCAGCGAACCCACACAAUGGAGAAGCCAACAAAAUCUGAACGUGGUACAUCUUUAAAAGCAACAUCCCAACUUCAAGUACAUCAAAGUGUGCACACGGUAGAGAAGAUCUUUUCAUGCCCCGAGAGCGAGAAAUCGGACCUUGUGAGAUAUCAGGGAGUUCACUUCACCGAGAAAGCCGGCGAACACGGCAAAGGUUUCUCGCUGAACGUAAGCCCCGUUACCCAAGUCCUCGCCAAAGAGAAGCCAUUUUCCUGUUUAGAGUGCGGGAAAUGUUACAGACAGAAAAGGCACCUGCUUACGCACCAGAGAAUUCACACUGGCAAGCUUCCUUAUAAAUGUUCAGAGUGCGGGAAAUGUUUCAACGAGAAACGGUACCUCGUGAAUCACCAGAGGAAUCACAUUGGCGAGCGUCCUUUUUCAUGUUCAGAGUGCGGGAAAAGUUUUACGUGGAAGGAAAGCCUCAUAAGGCACAAGAAGUUUCACAGUGGAGUGCGCCCGCACGCCUGUUCAGAGUGUGGCAAAUGUUUUACUCAGAGAGGGGACCUUCUUAGACACCAUAGAACCCACAUGGACAAGUUUCUUUUCUCAUGUUAG